CUAAGUUGUCACCCAUUACAUAAAAGUCAAAAAGUUUAAUUAAAAUACCUCCAUUUUCCCUCUCAUCCCCUCAUUUUUCUCUCUUUCUCUCUCUACCUUCCAUUGAAAUCAUCGCAUACAAAUACCCUUGAUGAAGCAAACGCCUGAAUUUUUUGGUCCCAGCCAUUUCUGGGUUUCUCAUUUUCUUAUAAAAAUAAAGUAUUUUAGAAAUAGAAUAAUAAAAGAAAAAAAAAAGCAUUAACUUUUUAUCAUGAUUAAAAGUGGGUACACUCAAAAUUAGCUGCAAAUUAUUUUCGGCAACAAAAAUUUGUGUCAGAUUCUUUCUUCUUGAAGCAAUCUCAAAAAAAAAAAAAACAUUGUCGAUUUUUUGUGGGUCCAAGUUAAUUUUUAUCAACAGCAAAACCCAACAUUUGUCAAAGUUUUCACCUUUUGCUUUAUUUGCUGUUUACCCAAUUUGUUUUCCUUUUUAUUAUUCUCUCUAUAUUACUUUUUUUCUAUUUUGAUGAUCAGACAUUAAUGGAGAAGUUACCCACAUGGGAUUUGGUACAUUAGAUAAUAGAAGUAGAAAAGAUGGUCAGUGUUGAAAUAUUGGAAAACCCUUCUAUUAUUUGGGAUUGAGACCUUUUUGGUCGGUUUUAGUAUUUGAUUUUUAUUUGUACAAAGUAAUAAAAGUUGGGUUUUUAAAAUUCAAUUCUGGGUAUAAUGAUUAUAGUCUUGAAUUUUUCAUCUUGAAAUUUGGGAUUUGGUAAAAGUUGCAGUACUAUUUUCUAUUGGUGUGUUGAAUUGGUGAAUCCUGAAUGAAUGGUGUUUUUAACAAUGGAGGAGAUUUGAGUACUACCCAAUUUCUUGAUGUUUCUGGGAAUUCAAGGUUGAAUCUUUUUUUUUUUUUUCAUUUUAUUUUAAUUUUAUUAUGUGAUUGAUUGAAGAAUUGGUUUUUUUGUUGGUAACCCAUUUGUGAAAGUUUGGGGUUGCAUGAAGAAAGAUUACCUGAAUUUGAGGGUUUGGCAUCUUUCUUUUUCCAGUGAGAAAGUGUUGUGUAUGGAAGUUUUGAUUCCUUGCUAUCAAAGUAAGCUUUUUCCAAGUGGGAAACUGUCUUGUGAAGGUUUGAUUGAUUCUUAGUGGGAAUUUUUGAUAACCUGGCUUGAAUCACACCUUUUCAUUGUUGGGUUUAACUAUUUUUAUUUCAUAAGGCAAACCAUUCUAGUUGAAGGUACUUUCUUUUCACUAUGGCAAAGAAAUCGAGAAAACGGGUUGCAAGAUAUCAAAGGGAUCAGUCAGGAUGUAUGUGGAGUUUGAUUAGUAUGUUCGAUUAUCGCCAUGGUCGAUCCUCUCAAAAAAUGCUGCCUGAUAGGAAGCGUGGGAGUAAGCGAUUAGAUGGACCUGCAUAUGCUAAUAUUAAGCUCGAAUCGUUGACUGAUUCAUGUGAAAUCUGUAAUGAUAUCAGUGGAUCUGUCCAGCUUGAAACUUCAGCAAGCGACAAUGCAAAGUUGAGUGUGAAAGAACUAAUGGAGGAAGAGAUGCUCGGUGAGCAAGAUCAGAAAAGGCAAGAAAGCAUUGCUAAUGGGGAAACAAAACUGAAUACCUCAAGUGAGGGAGGUCAUAUAAAAAGGAAUCGUCGGUGGAUGAAAAACAAAAUGUCGCUUGAUCUAGAUGCUAAUGGUUUUGUUGCUGCUGAUCAAUUGAUUGGUGGAAAGCCGCCUAGUCACCGAAAACACAAAUCCUGUAGUAGUGUUGACCUGAAUGUAAUUGUGGAAGAACUCUGUAGUAGGAUUCACCCGAAAGAUACUAGUUGUUUAGAGUAUGCUCGCGGGGUUGAACAUGCUCAAAAACCCGUCGAAGAUCCUUCCGUCUUGGAGAACAAAUUGUGGGAGGCAACCAAAAUACUAGUGAAUCAUUUUACUAAUGAAAAUGGGUGCUCCAAAGACGGUAAAAUUCAACCUUCGAAAGAACUCGUAGACGCCCUUCAGGUCCUGAAUUCAAACAAAGAGUUUUUUUUGAAGCUGCUUCAGGAUCCCCAUUCUCAGUUGGUGAAACACAUACAAAGUUCACAGGAUAUUCAAGUCGAAGAAGGUAAAUUCAAAGUGCUGACGGGGCCUGAUGUGUCGGGACAAGAUAUCGGCAACGCUAAACAACAUAACUACUUCUGGAGGAGGUUUAAGGGCGUCGAGAGGAAUUCAUCUAAGAGAACUAAUUCGUGUGAAGAUAUUAGCAAAAUUGUUGUUUUAAGACCGGGUCCACCGAAUGCUGGAAAUUCGGACACAGGCACCCCUUGCAAUUCAUUGCCAGAUUCUCUGAAGACUACUGGAGAUAAAGGUCAAACUGAGAGAACCGUUUCUCCGUUUUCAUUCACCGAGUUUAAGAAAAAGUUGAUACAUGCCAUGAGGAAAGAGAAUCAUGGGUUGUCAGAUCGACAAUCGACCAAUCGAGAAAAGAAAAUUGGUGGAGAAACGAUGGGAAUGGCUUCUCCUAGUAGAGAUCACUUCUUUAUCGAAAAAGUUCCGAAAGCUUUGGUUGGCAACAAGGUGGACAAGACGGGAAAACUGAAAGAUGAAGGUGUUCUUACUCCGGAGCAAAGGGUAUCCAACAUCUACAUUGAAGCUAAAAAACAUCUUGCUGAAAUUGUAGGGAAUACCGACAUCGAUGGGAAUAAUCCCGGAAAAAGAAGGCCCAGGUCUCUUGGGAGAAUUCUUGCUUAUUCUGGUUACAAUUCUCCUAUUUGUAGUCCUAGAACAAAGGGAGAACUGAGAUUGCCUCUUAACGAAGAAUCCCAGACGGGAGUUAAAAAAGCGUUCCAAGUCGUUCAAGUCAAGCAAGAUUCCGAAAACGAACCAUUUGUAGCUGCCAACAAACAUGAAGUCGAGAGUCGUGUUGGUGAACCUAGUAUCACUGACGAGCUUCUUCAUGGGAUCAAUAUCGGAAAACCCAUACAAGGCGAUGCGAUUCCUACUUCUGAAGACUCUCUGAGAUCUGCUCAUGUGGAAUCUCGGCAAGCAAAUGAGCUGACAGAAAUAUCUUCCAAACCAAAUUUGUCACUUUUCUUUACCGACAGUGAUCAAGUAGAUUGUUCCUCGACAUGUUCCGACGAAAACUUGAACCAAACAAGCUUGAAAGAGGACAUAUGUGAGGAGAAUGAACCGUCGUCUUCUUCGAAUGCAUCAACACUUAUUUGUAAAGUGAAUGGGAACGGUGAAGAUCUAGAUACUGCAAGCGAUGCAACAAGCAAGCCUAGUCCCAUAUCUGUGCUUGAUCCAGUUUUUCAAGACGAUGACAUCAGUCCUCCUGGCAAAAAGUACUCAAACGAUAUACAGCCUAUUCAACCACGACAAAUACGAUUCGGAGAAGAAAUAUCAGAAACUUUAGAAAAAGUUCCCAGCUAUAGGAUUUGUGCGACUGAUGAAAAGUAUACAGUUGAGUUUGUUAAAGAUGUGGUCCAGAUGUCCGGCUUAACUUGGGACGAGCUUCUUCGAAGGUCUCUUUUUGAAGAACAUCUCGUAUACCCAUCAUUGGUUGAUGAAAUCGAUUUUCUUCCUGACCUGCUUACUUGUGACUUCAAUGCUCUCUUUGAUCUAAUCACUGAAGUUCUAAUCGAGAUUUGUCGGUUGAACUUUGGCUGCAUGCUAUCACUUGCAACGCCGUAUAUUCAACCAGAGUUGAAAGGAAAAGACCUCUUUACUGAGUUAUGGAAAGGAGUUGACUGGUACUUAAAGCUUGAAGCUCCGUCUCGUACACUAGACCAGAUUAUCGCGAAAGACCUGGAAAAAACCGAGAAUUGGAUAGACGUGCAGCUCGAUUGCCAAAGUAUUGGUAUUCAGAUGCAAGAGGCCAUUCUUGAGGAUAUAGUGGAAGAGGCGAUAUUGAGCUUUUUUGUAGCCGAAGCAAAGGAGAGUGUCGUAAAUGUUGACGUAUAAAUGUGAACAUCUUCCUUUCGGGGGUUUCCUUUGGAAUAUCGGGCAGUCUACAAGCUAACUAUACAUCAGAAGUUCCGAAGUGCAAAUCUACCUGAAUAACCGUCAUUCGCAGACUAUACGUUGUUUCCCGGAGUUAUCUCUGACGACAGUAAUGCUGUAUCAAGUAACUUCUCACAAUCUUACUGUAAUAACUGACACAACAGGUUUUCUAGUCAUGAUGGGUUCAUUGCUGAGGCGUUAGCCGAUGCACUCGAAGCCGUGGGAAAAUUUUUUACUGUUUGAGAAGCUUUUUUCUUUAGGCUUUGGUGUGUGUAGAGUGUAGAGUUUUGAUAGAGGGUGUGCUGGUUUAUAGUUCUUGUAUGUACAUUUUUAACUUGGGUGUGUGGAGUUGGCUGAUUUUAGUAUCUUUCCAACUCCUCUUGAUUCUAGUAGCCACUUCUAUAUAUUAAAGAGUGUAUGUAGCAGUGUAUGUGUAUUUAGAAGAAUAAAAGAUGAAAUGAAAAGAACUAUUACACA